AUGUUUCGUCGAUUUGUUACACAAGGGGCCGUUCGUUCAACUAGGAUCCAGCCAAGGAUUUACCCCCGUGGCUUUAUUCAACAUCGCAGUCUUUUCGUUUCUGGACAGGAUGAGGUGCCCGGUAGUAAAGAAGAAGAAUCCGGACGAAGACGGAUGCAUGCCGCGCUCGAAUCUCGCGUAUUCCGCCUGGAGGAUAAUCUUAUCCAAGUGUCGAAGGAUAUUGUCGGUAUAAAAGGUGAAAUGGGCGAUUUAAAAAAUCAAAUGAGAAGAAUCGAAGCCCAAAUAGUUCUAGUUAAUUGGCAAUGGACGAUUCUCCUCGGAAUUCUUAUUAUUGGAAGUGGAUCAAUUGCUCUUGACCGGUACCGCUAUGUGUCGGCUCUUUCCCAAAACAAAGAAAAAGGGAAAGAAAUGUGA